UCAACUUUUAACCAGCCGUAAAACUCCCCUAAACCCUCGAAGAGGUCGCUGCCGCCUCUCCCUUCAUCUCCGUCACCGAAGAGUCGCGCGGUUAAAGCUAGCCGGGAGGAGAACGACGGGAUGUCGGCAAACAAAGUACUCUGAAGCUCCCAUCUUUCACCUCCUUCCAGUCCGCUCCUACCCGAAACCAUAGAGAAAGGAUUUUUAGGUUAAAUCCUGUGUAAAUCUUGCUACCAAACAGCUCCUAAACUUGAAAAAUGCGGCCGCUGGACGAGAAGGAAACAACGGCGAUAUUUGAAAAGCUUUUCAAGUUCACCGGCCCCAAUCUGAAACAGAUCGUUGAUCGGCCGGCGACGGAGGGACCGGACGAUCCCCCAGGCCGCUACUGUUUCCGCCUCCACAAAAACCGCGUAUAUUACGCGAGCGAAUCUCUCGUACGCCGCGCCACCAAUAUCUCCGGUGAUAAACUUGUCUCUCUUGGCACUUGCAUUGGCAAGUACACCCACUCUGGUGCUUUCCGUUUAACGAUUCAGUCUCUCGAUCUUCUCGCCGCCCACGCUCGCCACAAGGUAUGGCUUAAACCAACCGCCGAAAUGUCCUUCCUUUACGGCAACGCCGUCCUCAAGGGUGGACUAGCUCGGAUAACCGAUAAUACCCAUGCUGGCGACGGAGUUGUGGUGUUUUCCAUGUCGGAUGUGCCGUUAGGGUUCGGAGUGGCCGCGAGGUCCACACAGGAUUGCCGGAAGGCCGAUGCCAAUGCCAUUGUUGUAAAUCAUCAGGCGGAUGUUGGAGAAUACCUUCGGAAUGAGGGGGAGCUCUGAGGUAGCCUGUGCUGUUUUAUUUAAGUUUGAAUUUUACUGAAGUAUCAUAAAGUUGUUUAUUUUUUGUUUGGUUUAUUCACUAGGUGCGGAUCUGUGUUUGGUAUUAGAGAGAGAUUCUAUGAAUUUAUGGUGUCUAUUUUCAGGAAUGCUUCUACUCAAUAGGUUAAUCCUUUUUUGAAGGGUUGUUUUUUUAAUAAAGCGUGAAACUUGUUUGGAAA